UUUUUCUGCGCAGGCGCGUGCCCAGACACACACACAGAGGCAUAGGCACACGCGUGCGCGCGCUCACACUCUGACGAGGGAGGGGGGGACGGGACGGCGCUGGCGUCGAGAGAAGGCGAAGUCGCUGCGCUGCUGCUGUGGUAAAGGCGGCACGGCCUGCGCUGUCUGGGCACCUUUCUCUCCCCCAGUUUUUUCUCUCUGUCUGUCUUCGUGGGCCGCCUUCGCCUUUGCGUGUAGAGAAGCCGAAGAAGGUCCCCGUCGGCCCAGGCCCUUUACCUCAGACCUGCGUCGCUCUCUCUCUCCCCUUCCGCACAAAGGAGGAUGAAGGCCCCCCGGCACGGAUUUAAAGAAAUAUGCAUUGUUACCAUUUUAUUCUGGAAUUGUUGAAGUGGAAAUACAGAUGAAAACAGUUGACAGAAUAUCAACUGUAUAGCAUUGUUUCAUUCAUUUCUCCAAUAAAAGAAAACAAGGUGGACUAAUUAAAUCAUUGAUUUAACUGACUACCAAAUCUUCUAUCAAAUUUUGCCAAACAACAAUCCCAUCUUAAAAGUUGUCAAGCAACAGGACAAUUUGUCAAAGUUGACAGCAAACAGGAAGGAUUUAAAUGUGAACAAUGAUUUGUCUGAAAGUUUACGUCAGAUUGCUGGGGUUCUUUGCAUUCAUCAUUUUUCAAGUUCAAGGACAGAAUUUGGACAGCAUGUUGCAUGGGACAGGGAUGAAAACAGAUCCUGAUCAAAAGAAGCAGGAAGAUGGUGUAACCCUGGCUCCAGAGGACACCUUGCCUUUUUUACAGUGCUACUGUUCAGGGCACUGUCCAGAAGAUGCAGUUAAUAACACAUGCAAAACAAAUGGGCAUUGCUUUGCCAUCAUUGAAGAAGAGGAAAAUGGAGACAUUAUAAUGGCUUCUGGCUGCAUGAAGUAUGAAGGUUCAGACUUCCAGUGCAAGGACUCACCAAGAGCACAACUGCGGAGGACAAUUGAAUGUUGUCGGACAGAUUUCUGUAAUCAAGAUCUGCAGCCCACCUUGCCCCCUCCUUCUUCUCCAGAUGGUUUCUUUGAUGGCAGUAUACAUUGGAGAGCUGUGCUUAUUUCUAUGGGAGUCUGUAUAAUAAGUUUGAUUGUCUUAUUUUGCUGCUACAGGCAUUAUUGUAAAUGGGCAGCAAAAAGACAGUGUUACAAUCGUGACCUGGAACAGGAUGAAGCCUUUAUUCCUGUUGGGGAGUCUCUGAAAGAUCUUAUUGACCAAUCACAGAGUUCUGGUAGUGGUUCAGGACUUCCACUUUUGGUCCAACGAACUAUUGCCAAACAGAUUCAGAUGGUACGACAAGUUGGAAAAGGUCGAUAUGGUGAAGUCUGGAUGGGUAAAUGGCGAGGUGAAAAAGUGGCAGUGAAAGUAUUUUUCACCACCGAAGAAGCCAGUUGGUUUCGAGAAACUGAGAUUUACCAGACAGUUCUCAUGCGUCAUGAGAAUAUACUUGGUUUUAUAGCAGCAGAUAUUAAAGGCACAGGCUCCUGGACCCAUCUAUAUUUGAUUACAGAUUAUCAUGAAAAUGGAUCAUUGUAUGACUACCUAAAGUGUACCACUUUGGACACCAGAUCUCUACUCAAACUGGCUUAUUCUGCUGCAUGCGGUCUCUGCCAUUUACACACAGAGAUAUAUGGCACACAAGGCAAGCCUGCUAUCGCCCACAGAGACCUGAAAAGUAAAAAUGUCUUGAUAAAGAGGAAUGGGACUUGCUGUAUUGCUGACUUGGGUCUAGCUGUCAAAUUUAACAGUGAUACAAAUGAAGUUGAUGUUCCUUUGAAUACAAGAGUGGGAACAAAGCGUUACAUGGCACCAGAGGUCCUAGAUGAGACUCUGAAUAAAAACCAUUUCCAGCCAUACAUCAUGGCUGACAUCUAUAGCUUUGGCUUGAUAAUUUGGGAAAUGGCUCGGCGUUGUGUCACAGGAGGAAUCGUUGAAGACUACCAACUCCCCUACUAUGAUAUGGUGCCAAAUGAUCCUUCAUAUGAAGAUAUGAGGGAGGUGGUGUGUGUUAAGCACCUGCGCCCAGUAGUAUCUAAUAGAUGGAACAGUGAUGAGUGCUUAAGAGCAAUAUUGAAAUUAAUGUGUGAAUGCUGGGCCCACAAUCCUGCCUCCAGACUGACUGCAUUGAGGAUUAAGAAGACUCUUGGCAAGAUGGUAGAAUCACAAGAUGUUAAAAUUUGACAAAAAAAGGUCACUGAAGAGUGAGGUUUGGACUCCUAGAGCUGUUCACUCAAGCAGAUAUAUGGGUCUGGUGGAAUGAAAUGGAGUGGGGUAGCAGCUGAGUUUUAGCCCACUUCCUCGCCACUUUUACAGGCUGCUAAUAUUAAAUCUUUCAGUACUUUGUAAGAUAUGGUAUCUGUGUACACUAUAAUGGUACACAUGUUGAUAGCCUCAUUUUGCUUCUUGAUUUGCAUUGAGAUUUUAACCAUACUUUCAAACACUUCUGGAGUGCCGAAUUGCAUAUUCAGAUUAUAAUGCUUUCUGUGAAAGCCUUAAGUUAAACAAAUUUGACUGCAGUGGAGAAAAAUAAGUUGUUGUUUUUUUUUGCCUUCUACCUGAUGAUACCUUACCAAGUCUUGACGGACUAGCUUAUGGUUAUGAGCCUGGGGUAUUGCAUAAAUGAGAAUCCCUCAUACCCCUCAUGGUAGUGUGUGUAUUCACACAAGCGCCAAACUUGUUCUCCUGCCAUUGGGAAUACUAAAGAAGCCAUUUAAUUUUUGGUCAAAGCUGUCGUUUUAUUCUGUAAUGCCUUGGCUCUGAAGACUGUUUUCAAAGAACAUUGAGUUUUUAUGUUCUUUUGUGCUGUGUGGAGGAAAUAUACGUUUCAUGACCAAAUUCCAAAACUUCUUCUGUAAGCCUAUGCAGUAAGUCACCUUCAAGUCUGUGAAGAAGAGGCGAUAACAUACAUUAUGAAUUUCCGAAGACUGAGUACACAGCAUGGAACAACUGAACUUCUUUGAUAAUUUAAGUGCCUGUAAUCUUGUACUGUAAACUGUAUCUUAGCUAGCUUUAAAAAGGGAAGUUAUUUAUAUAGUGUUUAAUGUGCUUUUAAUUGCUACAUACCUGCUCUUUUGUAAACAUACAACACCAGAUCUGAAAACAACCUAAGAAAUAGUUUUGUUGACAUUGGAUGAGAUACACACUUGCUGAAUGUGACAUGCAAAAUGUUGGAUAGUCUGUCAAAGUAUGUGCAUGGAUACUACAGAGAUAUUUAAUUUUUUCAUUUACAGGCCUUCAGUAAGAAAUGUAAUCCAAUAGUAGUGUGAAUUGAAUCAACAAUCAAAUGUGUGGGUCUAGUUUUUAAGAAAAUGUUCUAUAGGUUGCAAAUGAUAAAUGGUCAGGCAAUAUAUUACAGUACUUGUUUUUAAUUUAUAUCGAUGUACAAAUUUUAUUUAACGUUUCCUUAAGUCAUUGCUUUUUCAGUGAUGCCUUUAAAGUAUUAAUACAUCUCCAGCCGAAACGUUCAUGGGUGCAUAAGCUAUGGUUUAAUUUAUUUUGAACACAACAGCUGGUGGAGAAUAUUGUGCCACAGAUCAUGUUAAAAGUUUUUCAUUUAUCCGUCCAUUGCUAGGAAGUCAGCCGGGCUGUUUAUACGUAUAAAACCUAUCUCUUACUUUGCUUUGCACAGGUUGCUGAUAAAGAUUUGACUUAAGUCACCAAAUUAGGGCUCUGAACCAUUAGCUUCCUCCUUUGUGCUUUUCACAGCCUUUUUCUACCAUUUGCCAGCAUUCCUAUCAACAUCUUGAAGUUGACUAUGGACCCCUUACCUGCCAUAAAGUACUUUAAACAGAUAGAAUGUUUUAAAAUGCACUCAGUCCUGAUAGAGCAUAAGCCAGGCAUGUUUUGUGUCACUGCUACUCUUCAAGGCCGAGUACAUAGCCAAAAACACUCACUCAGUUCAUGGAUCUGUGCAGCUCCAUGGUGACUUUCCAGGAAAGAAAGAAACAGUUGUAAUUAAUGGCAUAAACAUAUUGCUGCUCCCUGAUACAUUAAGGAAAAAAGCCUGCUGGUCCCCAGUGUCAAAUAAUGUAAGAACUGCCCUAGAACACAGUUCAUUCUCCAGUAUGACUCUGUAUUUCCAGAUAAAAGCAGGAGUUAAAGGGGAAACAUUCUUUUUGAGAAACCCCCCAUUAUGAGCUCAAAAGAAAGCUUAGUUUCUGGAAUUAAAUACUUUUCAUUUUAACCUAUUUGUAUGAGUUUUCAGAGAGAUUUUGAUGGAAUAUUUUUCCCAUCUUCUAAAAUGAAAUAAUAGUACCUGUGAGUUUUUUUAAAGUGCCAUGUAGGUUGUAUGGUUUUACGGGUAGUUCAUUAUGUGCUGAAACUUUUUUUAAAAUAUUGGAUAAAAUGUAGCCGAUUGCCAAUACUGGAUCAGAGCCAUUAGUCAUAGAGUCCAUAGAUGUUCCACUUUACCAUACCAACCAUCUAUUCCAUCUCCUCAGUAUUUUCUUAGGAUAGUUUAGUAUACAGUAUAGUUAAUGGCUCUUAUUUCAUAAUGCACUUCAUUCUGUGUAAAGGCAACCUAUCUCUGGCAGUUCACCUAUUUACUGGAGGUACCAGAUUCUUCAACACUACAAUUUUAGAAAAAGUGAAUAAUGUCUAGCAAGAGUCUUUCUCACUCUUGCUGCUAAAUUGUUGCCCCUGGUUUCAUCGUGGUAGUAAGAGCCAAAAUUCAUUUACUAAAGUAGAGCUGAAUAUUCCCUCUUUCAAUUUGAAUAUUAAUUCCAAUCCUUCCCUCUCCCCACGUUUGUUGCAUGCUUCUUUGUCCAAGGAAUUAUGGAGAAAAGCUUUUAUACUGGUAUAAUUCAUUCUACUUAUGUGACAGGUUGUUUGUCAUAUCUCACAGUUCCCUUUUACUUUCUUAGGCCCAUUUAUGAAUACAGACAACUUAUAUGCCUUUUCUGGAGUGGGUAUUAAUAAAACACCCCUGUAGAUUACUCAGAUUUCUUGUAUCUUACUAGCAGUAGAGUAAGUAAUUCAAAAAUUUGCAUUCAUUUGCAGGUGAUAUAGAAAACUAUUUUACCACGUAUCCGCACCUGAUGUGGGUGCACUUAUAAUUUGAUAGAUAUGGUACAGAUGGCCAAGCUGUACAAUAAAGCUGUUGUGUAGCUUUAUUUCGCUGUCUCUGCCAAAUCCUCAUGGAGCAUGGAGGAACAUGGAGACAAAUCACAUAUUGGAAGCUAGGUAACACAGCAAACCUUAUAAAUCAAAGGUGUAGUUAUCCAGAGGCAUUUUAAACCAGAGAUACAGUUGCAACUAGAUAGUGAAAUAUGGCAUUAAAUGUGGCAAAAUGGAAUUACCCAGUUUUAAGCAUAUGUUCCUUGUUUUUCCCCAUCAGAUUGCCUUAUUUUUAAUACCCAAAAAAUUCUGAUCUAUUUUUUCCUUAAAUUGUGUGACUUUAUGUACAAAUGAAUUACUGUCAUCUUUUAUCAGAUUGCCUUUGAUAUGUGUGUCCCACUUAUACUUCCUAAUGUCUAUACUUCCUAAUGUCUUCCAUUAUGAACUGCACAGAGUGUUUCAUGAACUGCAACUUGUGCCUUGAAAUUAUGCUUUUAACAAAACCUUCCAUCUUAAAAAAGAAUUUGUAUUUUGAAGCUUUGAGAUUAAUGAAAGUUAUAUGAAUAUGUUUCUAUGGUAACCAUAUUGGUUCUGGGGUACAAUUGUCAAAUGUACCCCAUGAGGGACCUCUCCAAUUUCCAAAGAUGUACCGCUUUUGCAAGGCUGAAAGAAGCAAGUGAAACUACACUUUAAGCAAAGAGGACUUGGUCAUUGGAAUUACAAAUCGGUAGGUCUGAUGCAGUUUGCUCAGUUAUCCCAUAUAUCAAUGAGACAGAUUGUUGAGGGUUUCCAGAAUUGACUCAAGUACUAAAUGUAUUUUAGAAUACAGUGUUCCCUCACUUAUUGCAGGACCACUCGCAAUAAGUGAAAAUCUGCAAAGUAGGGGUGCUAUAUUUAUUUUAAUAUUGACACAUAUUAGUAGUUAGGUGGCCUUUCUCCCCUUUGCAAGCCUUCUUCCUGGGCUUCUUCUUGGCAGCCUCCUCUCUGGCGCCUGCCAGUUUCCCUUCUGCACAUGCACCUCCCUCUCGUCAGCAUCCAAAAUGGCCCGGCUGGGUGCCAACAAGAGGGAGGACGCAUGCGCAAAAGGGAAACUGGCACCUUUUGUGCAUGCGCCACAGCUAAGAAAAAAACGCAAAGCAGUGAGGGAACGAAAAGCGAACCGCAAAGUAGGGAGGGAACACUGUAAUCAAUGCAGAUUUUUCUUUCCAGUCCUUGCUUAUCCUGAACUGUUCCUAAAACUCAAGCCAAGUUCUUGCAUUAUCACAGCUGUAGUGAUGGUGCUCCAUUACUGUAGCUUUUUCUACUGAUGCCAUACCCUUAAAGGCCUGACUCUUAAGCCAGGCAGUGUCUCAAACAAAGAUUUGCCAGGAUGAUGGGAAAUGAUGGUUUCCUGAGACAGGCAGCUGGAAAGAUCCCUUGGGGUCCUUCCACAGCUAUAGGUCUUAGCGCACCUCAUUACUGGGAGAGCACUGCAUUUCCAACUUCCCAAUGUGCAUUGUCUCAAAACCCUCCAGGUAGGAUAUUGCCUGGCUGAACAGGUAGAAUUGUGGGGUCAUUAAUGACCAAGUAUGAAUGACAAAAACUGAAUUCCCAGAAUUACAAAAUUGUAAAUCUAGUUUAGGUAAUGGUAAAGGUUUCCCCUGACGUUAAGUCCAGUCAUGUCUGACUCUGGGGGUUGGUGCUCAUCUCCAUUUCUAAGCCGAAGAGCCGGCGUUGGCCGUAGACACCUCCAAGGUCAUAUGGCCGGCAUGACUGCAUGGAGCGCCGUUAGUUUACAAUCUCAUAAAUAUUGAGUGCAGUGUCAACUUCAGUGUAGUAAUCAAAUUUCUAAUUAAACUGAAGCAUUGCAUUUCCCUCAGGUAAACCAUUGUCAUGUUGACCAACCUACAAAUCAGCAACCAAGAACUAGAGAUAUGUAUUUGUUUUUACAUUUGCUUAUUUGUUUUUAGUAUGCCGCAGUUUCAAGCCAUGCAGAAAAAGUUAUGAUCUUACUGAUUCCAUAAAUAAUCAACAUAAUUGAUUCACGUACCAUGGAAAUCCUCUGUAAAUUUCUGAGUAGUGGGUUUCACUUGCUUCUUUGUGUAACGGGUUUGUAUUCCAAGCAUUAGCUUCACUAUGAACCCAUUCAAUACAGAUUUGCUUGCCAUGUCUAUUUAAUAAAUGCCUCUCAUUUUCGGGAUCCCCUUCUCCAAUCAGGCCAAGCUCUAAACUUAUAUAUUAAUUAGUCUAUCAUUGCUUCCAAGUGCAUAGAUGAUGGGAAAUCCUAUUUCUUCCUGCAUUCAUGAGUAAAUUGUUAAAGUAAAAGAAAAAGUAGAGAUUCUAAGUCCCUUUGCUAUAUCAUUCUCUCUAACAUGUUUUGCCCACUGUGUGGAAAUUAAGUAUCCCAUCUUUUGCCCGGUUGAGUAUGAGAGGAGUCUUAAUUAGGAUUGUGUUCAACAAAAUAUUAGUUUAUUUGAUUUUUUUCUAGUCUGCAACAGUAAUUAAUAGUAACAAUAGCCUAGGUUUCACUCUUCUAAACUCCAAGAGCAUAAUGUUUCUUUUCAGAACUCUCUGUGGAGAAUGGACAAACUCCUAAAAAGUAUGGGAGCUAGUCACAAGUAACCUCAGCAAAAAAUAAAAUAAAAUGGGAAGUUAUCUUGUUAGCUGUGUUUCUAAGCAACCCUUAUUCAUUACAAGGUUCCCUCAAGGUUCCUACCAUGUUUCCAAAACUAACAGUUUCUAUAAAAUGUGGAAUGAACCAUUCUUAACUUUUCACCAAAGUCAUCUCACUGAAUAAGUUGCCUUGUCCUAUAGUACCUGUAAAUGCAAUAUAGAAGCCCACAAAUUGUAUCAUGUUCUGUGCUCUGACCUACCAGUGCUCAAUAUAAAAUGUACUAUAUUGUAUACAGAGAGAAUAAUGUAGCUGACCUAUAGAAAAUGUAAAUAAAAGAGAGAGGGUGAUGAAAUGAGCAGAAUGGUUAUACUCUUUUUGUUACAUAUGCCAGAAGUGUAGAAUGUUUUAAAUGAAACAAGCUAAAUGUCUUUUUGUACAGUAUCUGAUUUAAAAUGUGCCUUAAGUUUACCAUGAAUUGCUUUGUUCUGUACACAACUUUAUGUCAAUGUAUCAUUUUUAAGUAAAUAACCUUAUUUUAGUAAA